UUGUCAUGUGUUUCCUCUUCCGGUGUCCUUGGUAGCGGCGUCUUCGCCACACAGGUUAAGAAAUUAUGGCUAAAAUAAGCAAAGAGACCAAGCAACGGCUGCAGCAGCUGUUCCAGUGCGGCCAGUUCGUCAUCCGAUGGGGUUUUAUUCCCACCGUGCUAUACUUGGGCUUCAAACGAGGAGCAGAUCCAGGAAUGCCAGAUCCCACAGUCUUGAGUUUACUUUGGGGAUGAAGAACAUGAACCAUCAAUAAUUCCCGUCUGCAGACCAGCACGUCCUGCUCCAUAAUUAACUGCCUACCAAGGCAUGUUGCAGUGUUCUUUGUUGAUUUGAUCACAUUUAUUUAUGCAUGGUUUGUGUGACCUUGUCUUUGGUUUUACUCAUGUUUCUUCCUCUUCAACUGUAAAAAUAAAAAUAAUAACGCCUCUUAAUCCCAUUCGCCGAGGACCUUUAUUGGUACUGACGAGUGUAUUGCCGAGCAUUUCAUGUUCAGUGUUAUAUUUUCUGUUUGUUUUUUUCC